AUGUCCUCCGCAUCCGCAUCCCCCUCACCAGAGCUCCAACUCCAACUCGAGGGCCUCCAGCCCCAGCCCACCUCGGACCCCUACUUCGACCUCGGCCCCCUCUCCCGCAAAAUCAGCACCCGCUCAAGCGCCGCACAAACAUGGUUCGACCGCGCCCUCAUUUGGACCUACUGCUUCAACCACGACGAGGCGAUUACCUGCUACAAGCAAGUGAUUGCGCACGAUGCGACCUGCGCGAUGGGCUAUUGGGGCGUCGCGUUUUGCGCCGGGUCGAAUUAUAACAAGACGUGGGCGUUGUUUGACGAGACGGAUCGCGGGAAUGCCAUUCGGACGUGUUUUGUCUAUGCGAGGGAGGCGGGGAGGAGGGCGGAUGUGGCUGCUGCUUCACAAACAAGAGCUGGGUCAGGGCCAGAUGCGACUGCGACUGCAACUGCGACAGGACCAUCUAUAACCCCCUGGGAACACGCCCUCAUCCGCGCGCUGGAAAUCCGGUAUCCCAACGCCGAUCCCACGCGCGACCUCGCCGGCUGCAGCCUCGCGUACGCAAAUGAAAUGCGCAGCGUCUACGAAACCUUCAGCAGCAACGACAGCGACUUCGACAUGGUCACCCUCUUCGCCGACGCACUGAUGAACACGGCCCCGCGCAAACUCUACGACGCAAGCACGGGCCUCCCCAUCGCCUCCUCCCCCGUCUUCGAGGUAAAAGCCCUCCUCGAGCGCGCUCUCACGAAACCCGGGAUCGAGAACCACCCGGGGCCCGCACACAUGUACAUCCACCUCAUGGAGAUGUCGUCCACCCCCGAAGCGGCCCUCCCCGCCGCAGAGCUCAUCCGCGAGAUGAUCCCCGAUACGGGACAUACAUACCACAUGCCCGCGCACAUCGACGUCCUCGUCGGCGAUUAUCGGCGCGCCGUCGAGUACAACUACAAGGCGACCGUCGCCGACGACAAGUACUUUCGCCGGAACGGCGGGUUGACGUUCUACAGCUACUACCGGCUGCACGACUACCACUCGCUGAUCUACGCGGCGAUGCUGGGUGGGAAGAGUAGAGCGGCGCUGGAGGCGACGGGGCGGAUGGAGGAGACAAUUACGGAGGAGAUUCUCCGGGUCGAGACGCCGGCGCUCGCGAACUGGAUGGAGUUUUUUCUCGCGGUGCGGGUGCAUGUGUAUAUCCGGUUUGGGAUGUGGGAGGAUCUGUUGAGGCUGGAGGAGCGCGAGGAUAAAGAGCUGUACUGCGUGACGAAUCUGUUCCGCGAGUAUGGCCGGGGCAUCGCAUUCGCCGCGACGGGGCGGGUAGAGGAGGCAGAUACAGCCCGUGAGGCGUUCCAUGCUGCUGCGCGGUUCGUCCCGCCGACGAGGCUCGAUUUCCCAAAUAAGAUCACGGAUAUCCUGCAUAUUGCGUCGGCCAUGUUGGAUGGCGAGAUCGAGUAUCGGCGUGGGAGCUAUGAGACUGGGUUCCGGAGGUUAGCCGACGCGGUACGGUUGGAGGAUGAGCUGCCCUUUGCGGAGCCGUGGGGGUGGAUGCUCCCUGCGCGACAUGCGUAUGCAGCAUUGUCGCUGGAGCAGGGGGAGGUCGAGCGUGCUGCACAGGCGUAUGCGGAGGAUUUGGGGCUGGUUCCUACGCCGAACCGCGCGCACCAGCAUCCGAAUAACGUGUGGGCGCUGCAUGGGUAUCAUGAGUGUCUGGAGGCACUGGGGCGGCAUGCAGAGGCGAAUAUCAUCAAGAAACAGCUGGUGCUUGCGCUGGUGGAGGCUGAUGUGGAGAUUAGUUCGUCGUGCUUUUGUAGGCUGGGGGUUCAGUCUUGCUGUGCGAGUACGGGCAAGGCAAAGGCGAAGGCGCCCGUGACGGUGAAUGGGUGUCAUUGA